AUGAUCCACGCUGCACUUCUCUGCUCUUUUUUGACAGCUGGCCUUGCGGCUCCAUCUUUUCUUCGGACUCUCAACCAAAAACUGGACUGCAACCAACCGGGUCUUAAUAACUGCAAAAUGAAUAACUGCUCAGUCCAACAUGAGGUGGUACCCAGACAGCUGGCCCCCACCAAGCCUGAGUGGGGUCCAGACAUUUUGGAGCUGGGUCUGGACGAGCAUGGGCCUGUUCCAGUUCUGAACGUGACAUGGAGGAUACGGUCAGAUGCAAGUAUGUUAGCACUCCAGGGGUCCCAGGUGCAGAUUGUGGACCAGGACACCAAGCAAAGUCUGUGUGUGCGCUUCACUUACAGCAUCCACCAGCAGCUCACUCCGAGCUUCAGCAAGUGGACAUUCUGGUUGGAUGGCGUGGUGUUGGAUGCGGGCCACUCCUAUCUGCUGUCAGCUUUUAACUUGCCACAACCCCACGUUGGAGAGUACAGGAUCACAAAGCACUUCACCGUCCCAGGAUGUGACGACAAGAGAAUCCAAAAGGCCCAGAUGUGUUUGGAAAAUGGCAGCAUGUGGCACCCUGCGCUCACCGCUGCUGUGUCGCUGCCGGCCGUUGUGGUGGGAUUUGAAGCCGACAAGUAUUGUGACCUCUACCAAGUCUCCAUUGAGAGUGAGAGCGUCCAUUUAACCAAGAAUGUUUCCAAGGCCAACAACACUUCUCUGAAUGUGACGUUUGUUUUGGAUGUGUCGCAGCUCUUAAAGUGCCAGUUGACGAUAACGAUAACACCAUUUUUCAUAAGAUGCCAGAAGGAGUCUUGCCGUCCGGAGCAAAGGAUCAUCAAUCACUGCUUGUGUAAGUACUAUUCUCCACGGCGGACUGUCAUGAUUAAAAGCACACUCGUGUUGGUCAUUGUUGGCGUUUGCUUUGCCUGCCUGCUGUGGAAAGUCUCUUCCAAAGAUCCUGUCACCGCGUCGUCUUCUGCGGCGGAUGAACAUCCAGAAAGCUUUCAGGUGCCGGGAAGACGACAAGUCCUCAUCAUCUACUCCCUCGACCACCCUCUGUACAAAAACAUCGUCCUCAAGCUUUGCGCUUUCCUCACGGCCAAAUGCGGCAUCCAGGUGGUCCUGGAUCAGCUGGACUCCACCAGACUGGGAAUACUGGGCCGUGUUCAGUGGCUGGACUGGCAGAGGGAACAAAUGGAAACCUCCUCGGCCAAGAUCCUCGUCCUGUGCUCGGCAGGAGUCCAAGCCAAAUGGAGAGCCAUGUGUGGGGAGAAGCCGGUGCUCCUGAAGUCCGACCAGCGCUCACCCUCGGGUGACAUGCUCACUCCAGCUCUCAGCCUCAUCGUUCCCCGUCUGGUACGCAGUGCUUCCCUGGAGAAGUACAUCGUAGCGUACUUCGAAGACAUUUCCUCUCCUGAGGACGUUCCCUCGCCUUUCAACGUCACGGUUCGAUACAAGCUUAUGAAGCAAUUCGAGGAGCUCUUCUUCCGAAUCCUGGACGCUGAGAAGCACGGCCCGGGUCGAGUUCGUCACAUUCAAGGUCUGUCGGAGGAAGAGUAUCACCGUUGCCCCUUAGGUGGAGCUCUGCAGGAGGCUAUUGAAGCUUUCAGGGAAUACCAGGUGGAUCACCCACACUGGUUUGAAGAAGAAUGGGUGGAUGACUGAGGAGAAACCACUCCUGUCAAUUCAGUGUAGCAUGCAUUGUUUUACAAACAGAUCUCAUUGUGUAAGAGAAAAUACAUGCAUUAGAUCAGUGGUUCUCAAACUGUUCUCUCCAAAUGACCGACAUUAAAAGGCAAUAGCGUAAAUAUUCAUUAAAAACAAGGCAGAGGUUUUAUUUAACAAGUGUAAUAUGUUUGGCCACUGCAACAUUAUACACAGUUUGAACAGUAACACUGUGUUGGAAUAUAGGGAAGUAAAACAUUGACUCUUUGUGGUACCACUAGGUAGAGACCAAGUACCAGCACCGUUUGAGAAUCACUGCAUUAGAAUAAUAUCAUCCCCACAGUCCCUUAUGGGUCGCUGUUCAUAGGAUUUAGACAUGACUCUGAUAAAUACUUUUCCGCAAAAUAGUUCAUUGCAGGCCCGGCCCUAACCAAUCUGGCGCCCUAGGCAAGAUUUUAGGUGGCGCCCCCCCACAUCGGCAGUGAAGUGUAUAUACUCACAAGAAACCGAAUAGCUUUGUCUUUGACCUUUUUUUUUACUUAAAGAAAGCAAAUUAACAAUCAGAAUAGUUAACAAGAUAAAAAAAAAUAUGGAUAAAUAAAUGAAUACAAAAAAUAAAAAAUGAAUAUAUGAAAUACAAUAUUUUUUACAUACAUAAACACAAAAUAAAACGUGUCAACAAGUUGCAUAAAAUAAAUUAAAAAUACAAUAUAAAUAAGGCACUGCACAAAACAAGAUAUCAAACCAGUAUGACUUUAACAACUAUAUUACAAAAAAGGGGAUCCUACAGAGUUCUCUAUUUGUGCUUUUUAAUAUUGCAUUAACUAGAAUGACUUACAAAUUACUGUACACCAGGGAGUACUGUAAUUACCUAACGUUACAUUAUUAUUUUCCAUAACAAUUUAGCCCCCUCCACAAUAUUAACCCGACGUUAAAACAGAACUAGCUAUUUAUUGAUUAGCAAUUGCCGAAUCAUGUAACAUUAGCUUAAUGCUAAAAAGACAGGUU